AAAAAUUAUUACUAUUAAUAAUAAAAAUGAUUAAUACAAAUUACGUUAGUACUCCAAUGACCUGUUUUUGCAUUUAUGCUCCAUGUAUGCUAUUUAAUCAGCACACUACUCGAGAGCCAUGAGAUAUGCAAAUUUAUGCAGGAGAUACUAUUUUUAUGCAAGAGCUUCACAAUAACCGACUCAAUGGAGAUAUGAAUGCUAUGCCACCGUCCAGUAUUCCUUUGAUGACUGUGGAUCCAAAUCUUGCCAAUAUUGACUGCAUUCAAAGCCAAUUUGAAGUUUAUCCAGAAUUGUUUCAACCACAGAUUUCUCCUACAAAGACUAUUCAAACACCCUUCUAUGAAUUUUCGGAAAGAAAACUCCCCAGGAUCGAAAGAGUUUUUGGAGCUGUUUACGAAUCAGCUAAUAUAGUACCCGCUAGUCCAUCAAGAAGCACUAUCCCAGAGAGUACAUGCUCAUUCGAGCAACAGGGUCCAGCUAAUAGCAAGAUCUUCCAAGAUAGGUUACACCAGUUGUAUACCAAUUUAAACUCCAUGGAAAAUUCAGAUGUUUAUCGAAAUACCCUUCAGGCUACUUCAAACCAGGAGAUAGUAGAUUUCCCAACUGGAGUUUUCAACCCAAGAUCUGAGACUAAGAAAACUGAUGUUUUUGGACUAUACAUUCCCCUUGAAGGACAAAACAUGUUGAAGAAAACUUCAGAGGUCACCAUUCAAUAUGAGAAACUCGAAUUGAGGAAUCUCAAAAGACACUACAAAAAGACAUUAGUCCCAGUUUCGAUUAAGAAAAAAUGUCAGAGAAGAGGCCGCAAGAGGAUCAAUGUUCUUCCUGCACAGAACUUCGAAGGACUUCUCAAUGAUCUGGUACUUCCAAAAUGGAUAGCUAUUCUAACAAAGAAAACAAAAAGAGAAGGAGAACCUAUUGGCCAAAUCACUGAAGAGUACCUCUGGAUUAAAGUGCUCAGAGACAUGAGAGAUUUCUACAGGAUGAUCUUCAAAAGUAGGUUCCACAGAUCUGAAAAGAGAGAGGACUCUAAUAGAGAUCUCCUAGUCAAAAUCUUCUUGGAAGAGAUGGGAAUAACAGACAUUUCUUUCAUGAAUUCAGUUUCUACAUUCGAUUUCCUCUACAAAGCUCACUAUAAGGCAAGGUCUACAAAUGAGGGUAAGAUCUUCAAGGAUGUGAUCAACAGUACUCCUAUGAGGAUCUAUUACUAUUACAGCGAGUCUGCAAAGAAAACUUUCUUACAAGACGAUUUGUGCUCAAGAUUACUGUACUAUUUCCUUACAAACUUCGGGAGCACCUAUCUCUCUUGCGUUCAGUCUUCCCUGUCCCCCGGCAUCACAGCCAUCAUCAACUACGUAGUGAAGAAGUACUCCUCUGGCUCAUAAAAUUACUUCUCAUUGGGUUCUUCAC